ACGAAAUGUUUAUGAUAUCCUUUUUGUUUCUUCAUGCGUGGAAUUAAAAACAAUCGACACGAAUUUCAAUAGGUGUCAUGUCGUUUUAUAAAAUUUCCAACCAGCCUUCUAAGCUCAUGACGAAACCUAAUUAAAAUUUCAUUACUAUUUUGUUCAGUAUUGAAUUAGUUUGAAACAGAACAUUUUGUUCUGUUUUACAUAGUAUUUUAUUAUUAAUCAAGUUGUAACAGAAAAAUUCAAGAUUAAAACAAUUCAUUACCAACCCAUGAAAAAAAUCGACUGAAUAAUCAAUAAUAGAGACUUUUUACAAAUGUCGGUGCGGUUUUAACAUGUGGUAGGACGUCUUUCGCAACGAGAACGAAAAGUUCGAAAGAUAAAAUAAGGAAAACUGUUUUUUGUUAUAUUUGGGAAGACGGAAUAAAAUUCUAGAAGGAAAAUGGGUAAUGUGCUUGCGACAUCUGAAAAAUCGGCAGGAAUUCCACCUUUAACGGCGCCCCCGCCAGCCCCGUAUCCAACACAGCCUUCUCUCUAUUCAAAAGAUGAUAGUUUAUCCAAGACGACAGAAAAAUCCUUGGAAAAUCCUGGGACGAUGGACGAGCUUCACAAAAAGUGCAAAGAUGUUAUGCCAGUCAAUUUUGAAGGAGCAAAGUUAAUGUAUAAUAAAGGCUUAAGUAACCAUUUUCAAGUGUCGCACACAGUGAAUAUGAGCUCAAACACUAGUGGAUACAGAUUUGGUGCCACUUAUGUUGGAACUAAACAACUCUCACCAACCGAAGCAUUUCCAGUCCUGCUGGGUGAUAUAGAUCCAGAAGGAAAUCUCAAUGCAAAUGUUAUACACCAAGUUACACCACGAGUACGCUGCAAAUUUGCAUCACAGAUACAAAGUAGCAAAAUAAUAGCUGCUCAGUUAACAUCAGAUUAUCGAGGUGAUGAUUUUACAUUUUCUUUAACAUUCGGGAAUACAAAUUUAAUAAAUUCAUCAGGCGUUAUUGUUACGCAUUAUUUACAAUCGGUCACAAACAAUUUAGCAAUGGGUGCUGAAUUAGCUUAUCAGUAUGGUCAACAAGUUCCAGGGGGUCAAAUAGCAGUUGUAUCCGCUGCAGGAAGAUAUACAAUGGGUGAUGCAGUUAUGUCUGGUACAUUAGGUCUGGGCGGAAUCCAUUUAUGUUAUCACCAGAAAGCCAGCGAGCAGUUACAAUUAGCCGUAGAACUAGAAACAAAUUUUAGAAUGCAAGAAUCAGUUGCUUCCAUCGGUUACCAAGUAGAUUUGCCAAAAGCAGACUUGAUUUUUAGAGGGAUGGUAGAUUCAAAUUGGAACAUAGGAGGAGUGUUGGAGAAAAAAUUAGCCCCACUGCCAUUUAGUUUUGCUCUUAGUGGAAUGAUGAAUCACAAUAAGAAUCAAUUCCGUUUGGGAUGCGGUUUAAUAAUUGGUUAAGUGUACAACUGUAUAAUUUUUGACUUGUUUGAUAUCAACAUAGAAACCAAUGACUUUUUUUUGCAAUGUUAGGAAAUAAUAUGUAUUGUCAUUCUAUAUUAAUUUUAUGCCAUAAUUUUGCAUAAUAAUUGUUCAUCAACAUGAAAUUGAUAUUUGUGAAGUCCACUUUUA